CUUACACCGUUUGAGUGGGUGAUCCUGGCAACCAUCACGGCCAACUGCAUCGUUCUGGCCCUGGAGCAACAUCUUCCUGGGGAGGACAAGACUCCCAUGGCCAAAAGACUGGAGUGUACUGAGCCUUACUUCAUCGGGAUCUUCUGCUUUGAGUUUGGCAUCAAGCUGGUGGCCCUGGGCUUUGUGUUCCAUAAAGGCUCCUACCUGAGGAAUGGAUGGAAUAUCAUGGACUUCAUCGUGGUGGUCAGCGGAAUAUUGGCAACAGCAGGGGCCCACAUGAACAUACCAGUGGAUCUGCGGACCCUGAGGGCGGUGAGAGUCCUGAGGCCCCUUAAAUUGGUCUCUGGGAUACCCAGCUUGCAGAUCGUGCUGAAGUCCAUCAUGAAGGCCAUGGUGCCCCUGCUCCAGAUCGGUCUGCUCUUGUUCUUUGCCAUUCUUAUGUUCGCCAUCAUCGGCCUGGAGUUCUACAGCGGGAAGCUCCACCACACCUGUCUACCUACUGCUGACAUCCUGGAAAAUGAGACGAUGGAUACGACCGAGGUGGAGUUUGCCUGCGGAGUGAGGAAGUGUCCGGAGAAGUAUGACUGCAUCGGGUCAUGGAUUGGCCCCAACAACGGCAUCACCCAGUUUGACAACAUCCUGUUCGCUGUGCUCACUGUCUUCCAGUGCAUCACCAUGGAGGGGUGGACAGCUGUACUCUACAAUACCAACGAUGCCUUGGGCUCUAUGUGGAAUUGGAUGUACUUUAUUCCUCUCAUCAUUAUUGGCUCAUUCUUCGUACUCAACCUGGUGUUGGGAGUCCUCUCUGGGGAGUUUGCCAAAGAGAGGGAGCGGGUGGAGAACAGGAGAGCCUUCAUGAAGCUGAGACGUCAACAGCAGGUGGAGAGAGAACUCAAUGGAUACAGAGCCUGGAUAGACCGAGCAGAGGAGGUGAUGCUGGCUGAGGAGAACAAGAAUUCAGGGAGAUCUGCUUUAGAUGUGCUGAAGCGGGCCACCAGUAAAAAUGCUAAGCAUAGAGGAGGUCCUGGGGAUGCAGAGAUCUCCACUAUAGGAGCACCUCGUAUGCGGAUCCGUACAGUGCGGCGUGGCCCGGUGGCGUAUAUACGUCGUAAGGAGCGUAUGCUGCGUAUCUCCCUGCGGCGCAUGGUGAAGACCGACACCUUCUACUGGACUGUCCUCAGCCUGGUGGCUCUCAACACCAUCUGUGUGGCCAUCGUACAUCACAACCAGCCCGAAUGGCUCUCCACCUUCUUGUACUAUGCGGAGUUUGUUUUCCUGGGGCUCUUUUUGGCAGAGAUGUUCUUAAAGAUGUACGGCCUGGGAUUCCGCCUCUAUUUCCACUCCUCCUUCAACUGCUUCGACUGUGGAGUGAUAGUUGGCAGCAUCUUUGAGGUUGUGUGGGGCUUCUUCCGGCCUGGCAUGUCCUUUGGCAUCAGCGUCCUGAGGGCACUGAGACUCCUCAGGAUCUUUAAGAUCACCAAGUACUGGGCAUCUCUUAGGAACCUGGUUGUGUCUCUUAUGAGUUCCAUGAAGUCCAUCAUCAGUCUGCUCUUCCUCAUCUUCCUCUUCAUCGUCGUCUUCGCCCUGCUGGGCAUGCAGCUCUUUGGGGGCAGGUUCAUCUUUGAAGAUUACACUCCUGCCAACUUUGACACGUUUCCAGCUGCUAUCAUGACAGUGUUCCAGAUUCUGACUGGUGAGGACUGGAAUGAGGUGAUGUACAAUGGCAUCCGCUCCCAAGGGGGAGUGCAGUACGGCAUGUGGUCCUCCAUAUACUUCAUAGUGCUCACCCUGUUUGGCAACUAUACUCUACUCAACGUCUUCUUGGCCAUCGCUGUGGAUAACCUUGCCAACGCACAGGAACUCACCAAGGACGAAGAGGAGGAAGAGGAGUUUUUCAAUGCAAGAUACGCCAGAGGCAGAGAUGGCCCGAUGUCUGAGAGGAGGAGGAGGCCCUAUCUCCGCAGGAAGAAGGCCAUUCACAGGGGCCGUAUGGCCGUCCCCGAAGAGGAGGAGGAGAGCGGCGCCCCGGGCGGAGCUGACCAGCCCCCCAAUGGGGCCAACACCUUCUCCAACCGCCGUGACAGACGGAGGAGGGGGGGAGGAGGAGGAGGAGGAGGAGGAAGAGGCGGAAGAUCCGUGUGGGAGCAGAGGGCCAACCAGUUACGCAAGCGGCGCCAGAUGGAGAGCCAGGAGGUGCUGUUCGGGGGCAGCCCCACCGAGGACACCACUGACAACCCUACCACCGCCUACCGUGCACCCACCCGUUCCCCAGACACCAGUCCCGGACACCUGCCCGAGUCGCCCAUGUCCGGCAUCAUGCCCAUGCCUGAACCCCCGAUGUCCAUCGCCAUCCGGCUGCCGGAACCUCCAGACUCUGAGCCUAGGCCUCUGUUUACAUUGGUUGAGGAGAGAGCAGUGCACCAUCGACCCGCAGGUGGGGACAGGAGGCACAGAGUGGCCCGGAAGUUCAGGCCUGGCCUUGGGGGGGCGGAGGAGGGAGGGGUGGCUCGGCAUAGGAGGCACCGUCAUCGUGAGGCCCGGGCUGAGGCCAAGAGCAGAGAGUCCCCACAUGAGGAGGUCAGAGAAUCAGGCAGCAGAGAGAGGAAGAUACUGGAAGAGAGGGAGGAGAAAGAAGAAAAAGAGGAGAAGAUGGACAAAGGAGAGGUCGCUGUGGUGGAGGGAGGAGUGUCGGGCCAGGAAGAAGGAGCCAGCAUUGUCAACUUAGAGAGUGAAGAAGAGCAUCUGAGAGUGUGUAUUGCAGACAUCCCCGAGCCUCCCCUAUGUGAUGACUUCCCCGAGUCCCUACCCCCACCCCUGUUGGAUCCUCCACCCCAGAUGGAGGAGGGCGAGGUGGGGGAAACUGGGCAGUGUGAGCCCCUGUCUCAGGACCCUCCAUUGGAGCCAGCCCCAGAACAGUUCACAGACCCCCCAGAGCUCCAGGCAGCAUCCGGGGUCAAUGAUUCAGAGAACAACCCAGCCUCCCUGAACCGUGAGGAGGGUGAGGGGCCAGGCCAAGUCCUAGACAGCCAGACUAGUGUGAUCAUAGAGAUGUCUGGAGAACAGCCACUGCUGGAGAUCAUCCCUUUGACAGCUUUACACAACAACAAAGAGAUGGAGGUGUACCAGCCUGAAAGGAAGGAGAAGGAGAAGGAAAAGGAGGAGAAGGAGGCGCAGGAGGAGGCCAGCCCGCCCAAACCUGUACCUCCUGACAGCAUGUUCCUCUUCAAGGCCUCCAAUCCGAUCAGGAGGAUCUGUCACUAUUUGGUGACCAUGCGCUACUUUGAGAUGACCAUCUUGCUGGUGAUCGUGGCUAGCAGCAUCGCUCUGGCUGCUGAAGACCCUGUGUGCACCAACUCUGACAGAAACAGGGUUCUCCGUUACUUUGAUUACGUCUUUACUGGAGUCUUCACUUUUGAAAUGAUCAUAAAGAUGAUUGACCUGGGCCUGCUUCUGCACGACGGCUCCUACUUCCGUGACCUGUGGAACAUUCUGGACUUCAUCGUGGUGGUGGGAGCUCUGUUCGCCUUCGCUCUGACGAAUGUGAUUGGGAACAACAAAGGCAGAGACAUCAAGACCAUCAAGUCCCUCAGGGUCCUGAGAGUCCUACGACCUCUGAAGACCAUCAAGAGACUCCCCAAACUCAAGGCAGUGUUUGACUGUGUGGUGACAUCCCUGAAGAACGUCUUCAACAUCCUCAUCGUCUACAAGCUCUUCAUGUUCAUCUUCGCUGUCAUCGCCGUGCAGCUCUUCAAGGGAAAGUUCUUCUACUGCACAGACAGCUCCAUGGACACAGAGAAGGAGUGCCAAGGUUAUUACAUAGACUACGCUCGAGACAAGAAGGAAGUGAAGAAGAGGGAGUGGAAGAGACAUGAGUUCCACUAUGACAAUGUCUGCUGGGCUCUGCUCACCCUCUUCACUGUUUCCACUGGAGAGGGCUGGCCGCAGGUGCUGCAGCAUUCUGUGGAUGUGACAGAGGAGGACAGGGGUCCAAGUCGGGGCAACAGGAUGGAGAUGUCCAUCUUCUACGUCGUCUACUUCGUGGUCUUCCCUUUCUUCUUUGUCAACAUUUUUGUUGCUCUCAUCAUCAUCACCUUCCAGGAGCAGGGGGAUAAAAUGAUGGAGGAGUGCAGCUUGGAGAAAAAUGAGAGGGCAUGCAUUGACUUUACCAUCAGUGCCAAGCCCCUGACCUGCUAUAUGCCUCAGAACAGACAGACUUUCCAGUACCGGCUGUGGCACUUUGUGGUGUCACCGUCAUUUGAGUACACAGUGCUGGUCAUGAUUGCCCUCAACACUGUGGUGCUCAUGAUGAAGUACAACUCCGCUCCGGCAGCGUAUGAUACAGUAUUGAAGCACCUGAACACGGCCUUCACCGUUCUCUUCUCCCUGGAGUGUAUCCUCAAGAUCAUGGCCUUUGGUUUUGUGAACUAUUUUCGAGACACUUGGAACAUUUUUGAUUUCAUCACUGUGCUCGGCAGCAUCACUGAGAUCAUUGUGGACUUACAGUCAAUAAACACGUUCAAUAUGAGUUUCCUGAAGCUGUUCCGGGCUGCCAGGCUGAUCAAGCUGUUGAGGCAGGGCUACACCAUACGGAUCCUGCUCUGGACCUUCGUACAAUCCUUUAAGGCCCUUCCUUAUGUGUGUCUGCUCAUCGCAAUGCUGUUCUUCAUCUAUGCCAUCAUUGGGAUGCAGGUGUUUGGAAACAUCAAACUGAACGACGAAAACCACAUCAAUCAGCACAACAACUUCAAGACCUUCUCCGGUGCGCUGAUGCUUCUCUUCAGGAGUGCGACCGGGGAGUCAUGGCAGGAGAUCAUGCUAUCGUGUCUGGGGGGAAAGGAGUGUGAGCCAGACUCCUCCAUGGCACCCAUGACCAUGUCCCCUGACCACGAGGGAGGCUGUGGUACUGACUUUGCCUACUGCUACUUUGUCUCCUUCAUCUUCUUCAGCUCCUUCCUGAUGCUGAAUCUGUUUGUGGCUGUGAUCAUGGAUAACUUUGAGUACCUGACCAGAGACUCUUCCAUCCUGGGGCCUCAUCACCUGGAUGAGUUUGUCCGUGUCUGGGGAGAGUACGACCGCGCAGCAUGUGGGCGUAUACACUACACUGCCAUGUAUGAGAUGUUGACCCAUAUGUCUCCACCCCUUGGUCUGGGGAAGAAAUGCCCCAGAGGUAUGGCCUACAAGAGGCUGGUGUUGAUGAACAUGCCAGUGGAUGAGGACAUGUCAGUCCACUUCACCUCCACUUUGAUGUCUCUCAUCCGCACCGCCCUGGAGAUCAAGAUCGCACGAGGUGGGGAGGACCGAGUAGCUCUGGACACUGAGCUACAGAAGGAGAUCAGUGUGAUAUGGCCGUACCUCCCCCAGAAGACCCUGGAUGUACUGGUGCCCAUCAACAAAGAUUCCGACAUGACAGUAGGUAAGAUAUAUGCCUCCAUGAUGAUCAUGGACUACUUCAAACAGAACAAAGCCAAGAAGCUGAGAGCACAGCUGGAAGCACAGAAGGCCAGCCUGAUGCCGUUCAAGAGGCUGGAUGCCUCAACUCUCUCUGAAGACAUUCUGUACAAUGCCCAUCCCCUGCCCUGCAUGUCCCUCAGUGCCGGCUCCGCCCUGACCAGAGGAGGCCUGGUGGCGUUGAGUCCUCUCUCCCAGGACCUGUUCGCCAUGCAGCCCAUGACCUCUGACCAGGACACCAGCAGUCAACACUCCAGGGUGAGUCUUGGGGAGUUCAGUGGGUUGAUUCCUGACUCACUGCAGCUCCCGUUUGGCAAGGGGCUGUGUGUACGGGCCUCCUCUAUGCCCCGUCUGGCUGUAGAGCCACAGACGGAGAUGGCCAGUGGCUCCAUUAAGCGGUCCUCGUCCACUGUGGCUGACCAGAGGGUUAAUGGCCUGUGGCAGGAGGAGAAGAAGAGUCCUGAUAGACUGUACAGACCACGCCACAAGAGCUACAAGGCUGCCGUCUCCCGGUCAGAAAGAAAGAGGCAGUUGGACACAGAGAAGGAGCGCGGGAGGUCCAAAGAGCGCCGCCACCUCCUCUCCCCAGACACAUCCCGCUGUAACUCUGAGGAGAGGAAUCUGCAGCCCUCAUGCUCCCCUAGCCGAGAGCGCACACACCCCCUGGACAAACAGGGUAACAGCUCCGACAGCCCCAUCCCCACCUCUGAAUCUAGUACCCCUAGUCGCCGCCCCCUGUCCCAGACCCCAACUCGCUCCCAUCCCCACAUCUCCUACUCCCCUCUGGUGUGUCGCACGCACCCUCCCUCCGGGGACGAUGAUGACGACAGGGGCAGCCCAGAGACCCAGAGGUGGGGGGAGGCCUCCAGAGAGGCAGGUGGAGAGGGACAGACCGGGCCAAGGGGUCGUCGCCACCACCACCAGCAGGGCUCCCCUCUGCGUCGCUACCCGUCGGAGCCCUAUCUCACCCUGCAGGAGGACGAGCACAGUCCGGACCCCUCCAGGUUCAUGGAGACACUGACCUUCGAGGCGGCGGUGGCCACUAGCCUGGGACGCGCUAACACGGUCAGCUCCAGCUCCAGCUCUAGCUUCAGCUCGGCCCGACGGGGCUCCAGGGGCGGCUGGCAGAUCCCCAAUGGACACUUCCGGAAACGCCUGGCUCAGACCGUCUCUGUUGCAGGCUGUGAGCCACUCAGCGACACAGAGGAGGACGGCCGCUGCUAGGAGGAGGAGGAAGUGGUGGUGGAUGAGAGGUGAGGAAGGUGUUAGUGUAUAAGAUGUACUACAAUAUAAAAGAAAGAGGGACAUUUGUCGCUCUCUUGAAUUACUACUGCAUACCUGUGUGAUUGCAGUAUGUUUGAUCAAAUGUGAGGGGAGGAAAAAAAUUAAGAACAUCCAUUUUUUCCACUUCCUGCAAGUGGGAUCCCUUUUAAAGUCACACAGAAAAUGUACAAUAAAUAUCUCUCCGCAAAUAUUUGACUGUGGUUUAUUUAUAUUCUGACUAACAAAAGAAAGGGACUAAUAAUAAACCUCAAUUAGCCUUGGAUGUACAGAAAAGAGAUGAAAUAAAUUGAAAGGAUAGAAUUACGUUGUCUGUCAAUAGGUAUUGUCAUUUCUGAAGGUGUUUCUCUGACAUUGAUUUUGUGUUUCUCUUAUCAGUGUAUGUGGGGUGUGUGAAUAUGUGCAAAUAUAAGGAGAAACAAUAUCUUUGAAAACCAUGGUUUUUGUAAAUACCUGUGAUUUGUCAUAAAAUUGUAAUGCCACCAAUACCACUUGAUUGUCUGAGUAGGUUACAUGGCCAUAGAGAAGGUUAACUGUUGACUUAUCAUUAAGUUAAUAAAAUGUCAUGUCUGUAAACAAAAAAUACACACAAACAAUAAUUGAUCAAAGCAAUGUGUUUUGAAAUGUAGUAUUGUCUACAAAAGGAACACACUUCUUUAGUAAUUAUCUAUUCAUACGUAAACUAUGUAAUUCCUGUUGUAAAAUGUCAAAGGAAUAAAACAAUGAUCAAUAGGACAGUUAUCCACUUUAUACAAACAGAAAGUGAAUGGCGCACUCUUCUGUUGGGAAUCUGUAUGAUUUAUUUACAUUUUUUUACCGACUUGCAGGACAAUUGAAAGCAGCCAACAAUAUUAUGAAAUGUGAUCAACUGUUUUUCAGAAAGGAAUGCCUAAAUAUCCAGUGUGAUUUGAAAGACAGUACUUUGCUAUGAAUUGGACUCUAGAGAGCCAAAUGACUCAAAUUACACCCAGAACAUGGCUUCAGUUCAUCGAUGAACCUUUAUUAAGUCACUAGGAAAACCAGCAGACCAUUUGCCUGUCUUGGACCAACUUUCUUCUUGUAAACGAACUGUACCUGUUUUUCUUCAGUUUGUUACAAUAUUCCACCAUUUGACGGAUUCAUUCCUUGUCAUCUUCCAGAAUCAAUAACUGGCACAGAAGCAAUCAUGAACUUGAGUGUUCUGUUGUUCAUCAAUGUAGCCGUCCACAUUCUCCUCUUUCUACAUUAGCUUACAACAUCAUCGGUAUGUGUCAAAGAACUCACUGCAACUGUAUAUCUUCUUCAUUCUUUAUGUCAAUACUGUAUGAACCAUUACAGACGACAGAUGUAGAAGGAUGUUUUCCACACCUGUUUUCACCCGUUAUUUAGAAUGGUUUAUUAAUAAUGUACAGUACAUUUCUAUCAUAUUUUCUGUAGGAUUGUAAGAGACAAUAUCCAUUUCCGCUCACAACACGCUUGAAGGAUGGAAUAGGAUAUCUCUGGAAUGUUAAAUUAAGGUAUUUGUAUUUGUUUUACUUGCCUGAAAAAGGGUAAUGAUUCUGUGAAACUCAGUUAACCAAAAAACAUGGAGAAUUGUCCUGGAAUGCAAAAUAGUUGUUUGGUUUAUAUGUGUAUAAUAGCUGUAUAUAUUAAUAAAAGUGUCCUCAAUUGCACAUACAA